GGCGGUGGCGGCGGCGGAGGUGGCGGCGAUCCGCUGCGCGAGCUCUUCGAGGCCUGCAAGACCGGCGAUCUCGCCAAGGUGAAGGCGUUGGUCAACCCGAAGACGGUCAACGCCCGCGACACUGCCGGACGCAAGUCCACCCCCCUGCAUUUUGCAGCUGGAUACGGUAGGAAGGACGUUGUAGAAUUUCUCCUGUCCGCCGGUGCGUCGAUCCAAGCGCGCGACGACGGCGGUCUACAUCCGUUGCACAACGCGUGCUCCUUUGGACAUUGCGACGUUGUGAGAUUGCUCCUGGAGGCGGGGGCGAGCCCGAACACGAGAGAUAAUUGGAAUUUCACGCCUCUGCACGAGGCGGCGAUCAAGGGUAAAAUAGACGUAUGUAUUACUCUGCUACAGCACGGGGCAGAUGUAAACAUUAGGAAUACAGAAGGAAAGACCGCGCUUGAAGUAGCGGAUGUCUCUACAAAGCCGGUACUAACUGGAGAGUAUAGGAAAGAUGAUCUCCUAGAGGCGGCUAGAUCCGGAAACGAGGAGCGACUGCUGCAGCUGCUGAACCCUCUUAAUGUCAAUUGUCACGCCAGUGACGGAAGGAGAUCUACGCCGUUGCAUUUGGCAGCUGGAUAUAAUAGAUCUAGGGUUGUGCAGAUUCUUCUUCAGAAUGGCGCGGAUGUGCAUGCCAAGGACAAAGGAGGCCUCGUGCCGCUUCAUAACGCUUGUUCGUACGGCCACUUUGAAGUAACCGAGGCGCUUCUGAAGCACGGCGCCGCCGUUAACGCCAGUGACCUCUGGACGUUCACUCCGUUGCACGAAGCCGCGAGCAAGUCCAGAGCAGAGGUCUGCUCCUUGCUGCUGAGCGAAGGCGCCGACCCGACGCAAUUAAACUGCCAUAGUAAGAGCGCCAUCGACGUGGCACCUACCCUCGAAUUGCAAGAAAGACUAGCGUACGAAUACAAGGGCCACUGUCUACUGGACGCCUGCAGGCAGGCAGAUCUUAAUAAGCUUAAAAAGUAUCUGUCCCAAGAGAUUGUUAAUUUCAAGCAUCCUUACACCGGCGACACACCGAUGCAUUGCGCAGUGGCGUCACCGUACCCGAAGCGAAAGCAAGUCAUCGAGGCCUUGAUUCGAAAGAACGCUGCCAUGAACGAGAAAAAUAAAGACUUUCUUACACCGCUUCACGUAGCGACCGAUCAUUCGCAUUACGACGCGAUGGACAUAUUGCUGCGGCAUAAUGCAAAGGUCAACGCGCUGGACGGCUUAGGACAGACCGCUCUGCAUAGGUGCGCUAGAGAGGAUAACGUACAAGCUUGCAGAAUACUUUUGUCGUACAAUAUCGAUCCUUCGAUAGUGUCCCUGCAAGGCUACACCGCGGCACAAAUUUCCGCCGAGAACGUACUGAAGAUACUGCAGGAUCCACCGAAUGGAACGGACGAUGUGGAAGCGCAACUCUUGGAGGCGAGCAAGUCGGGCGAUCUUGCCGCGGUAGAAAGAAUCCUGCAGGCCAAUCCACACGCUGUGAACUGCCGUGACUUAGACGGCAGGCAUUCGACUCCGCUGCAUUUUGCAGCGGGUUUCAAUAGAGUGCCGGUUGUAGAGUAUCUAUUAGCGCACGGCGCAGAUGUGCAUGCCAAAGACAAAGGUGGAUUGGUGCCUCUCCACAACGCUUGCUCUUACGGCCACUACGAAGUCACGGAAUUGUUAGUAAAACACGGGGCGUCGGUGAACGUUGCCGAUUUGUGGAAAUUUACGCCGCUUCACGAAGCCGCCGCCAAGGGCAAGUACGAAAUAGUACGAUUACUGCUGAGACACGGAGCGGACGCCACCAAGAAGAACAGAGACGGCGCGACGCCAUUAGACCUGGUCAGAGACGGCGAUCAGGACGUGGCGGAUCUCUUACGUGGAAAUAGCGCUCUUCUGGAUGCGGCGAAGAAGGGCAAUUUAGCCAGAGUUCAGAGACUGGUUACGCAAGACAACAUCAACUGCCGGGACGCUCAAGGACGCAAUAGCACUCCAUUGCAUUUAGCUGCGGGAUACAAUAACUUGGAAGUGGCUGAAUUCUUGCUUGAACGUGGCGCCGAUGUAAAUGCGCAAGAUAAAGGCGGCCUUAUUCCCCUGCACAACGCGUCGAGUUACGGUCACCUGGACAUCGCAGCCUUGCUCAUUAAAUACAAUACAGUGGUGAAUGCGACUGAUAAAUGGGGAUUCACGCCGCUGCACGAAGCUGCGCAGAAGGGUCGGACGCAGCUGUGUGCCCUUUUGCUUGCUCACGGCGCCGAUCCCUUCCUGAAAAAUCAGGAAGGGCAGACUCCGGUGGAUCUGGCCAGCGCGGACGAUGUGAGAUGUUUGUUACAAGACGCCAUGGCUUCUCAGCAAAUCGUUCCAUCGGUGCCGUCGGGCAAUAUGGUGAACAGUGCUGGUGGCAAUUCCAUUAACAGUAGACCACCUAGUAUCGUGUCUGUUCCCGUUACGCCGCCACCGCCCCUCACUCAAGAGACCGUCAUUAUGCCAUCUGGCGCAGCCAUGACUCUGUGCGUGCCAUUGGCACGCCCGACGUCGUGCCUGAGUCCGAUGCCGCCGAGCGAACCGUGCUCCGAGAAAGAAUCCAAAGAUAUGUGCAAAGAACACAACGGCACCAUCACGACUGUCGCCGGCUUCCUGCAGAGUCUCGGCCUGGAGCAUUUACUCGAGCUGUUCGAACGCGAGCAAAUCACCUUGGAUAUACUCGCGGAAAUGGGUCACGAGGAUCUGAAGCAGGUUGGAGUGUCGGCUUACGGUUAUAGGCAUAAAUUAAUUAAAGGUAUGGAUAAGCUGCUGAACACAGCAGCGGGUUCCCUCUGGCAGCCUUCCAUAAAUCCCGGGACAUUGUUAGUGGACUUGUUAGCGGAAGACAAAGAAUUCUUGGCUGUUGAGGAAGAGAUGCAAAGUACCAUUAGGCAACAUAGGGAUAAUGGCCAUUCCGGUGGCAUCUUCUCUCGAUAUAACAUAGUCAGAAUACAAAAGGUUCAGAAUCGCAAGUUGUGGGAGCGUUAUGCCCACAGGAGACAAGAGGUGGCUGAAGAAGUCGGUGCUGCCGCUCCCGCGUCUCCUAGCACUGGACCUAGGGGCACUCCCAGUUCAACGGUAUCACAGGCGAACGAGAGAAUGUUAUUCCAUGGCAGUCCGUUUAUCAACGCUAUCGUUCAGAAAGGCUUCGAUGAGCGGCACGCGUAUAUCGGUGGGAUGUUCGGCGCCGGCAUAUACUUUGCGGAACACAGCAGCAAGAGCAAUCAGUAUGUCUAUGGUAUAUGCGGUGGUACCGGAUGUCCCGCACAUAAAGACAGAAGCUGUUACAUCUGCCACAGACAUUUGCUGCUCUGUAGAGUCACGCUCGGCAAGUCGUUUCUACAAUUUUCGGCAAUGAAAAUGGCACACGCCCCUCCCGGCCAUCAUAGCGUUAUGGGCAGGCCAUCGCAGGGUGGUUUGGUGUUUCCCGAGUACGUUGUCUACAGAGGCGAACAGGCAUAUCCAGAGUAUCUUAUCACGUACCAAAUUGCAAGGCCUCAACAGGACAGCGGCGGUAGCGACGGCGUUGAGGAACGGUGAUCGGAAGAGCCGGGCCCCGCGGCGCGAUUGCGCAGCCUCUGCUGCUGUCAGAGGCCGAGGGCAUGCGGCGCAUUGUCGCGGACAUAAAACUCGAAACUGCUCUGAACUUGAAGUCUAUAGCAUCAGUUCUUCCAUUUUUAACAGACUAAAAUAGAAUUUGAGAAAGUAACGGUGCGUACGUAUGUGUGUAUGUGUGUACACGUAUGUGAUCGAGAUAUGCAGAAUAUUUUAUUCCAAAAUAAUAUCCACUCUUACUACAAGAGAAAUGACCGUUGUAAUAGCUUAUUUCAAGCAUUUAAACACGAUACUAUUCGAGAUCAUUUUACUCUUCGAGUGAUGGAAAGGGAUGUAUAUUAAUCAUGAUGUGUAUAUAUAUAUAUUGAUACUGACAGUGCGUCUCUUACAUCAAAUUCGAUGUGUCGCGACUAGAGCGUGUUCCUAGGAUUAGUCAGUAUUAAAGGAAAUUAAUUCGUAUACACUCGUAUACGUACAAAAAGUUAAUUUAUAUUAGUACACGUUUGAAUUUGAAAAGCGGUAAAGGGGGCGAAAGCAGAUAUUGUUCUUGAAAGUAUACAGAAUCAUCGAAGGAAGAAUGUAAUUUACUCACCGUCUCACGAAUAUAUUAGCUUGUAUAAAUUAAAUUUAUCUACUUGAUAUGUACAUUAUAGGUAAAGUCUGCAAUGUGAUGAAAUAUAUAUUUAUAUGUACAAACAUAAAUGUUUUUUUUUAAAUACGAAGUGAUACACUAGCAAUUAUAAUAUUCUUUUGCAUUACAUAUAAUUUUGUGGCCAUUUCGGCAAGCGCAAAUCCAGCCGAGAGGAAUACAUUUGUGCGCGUUGUACCGUAUUACUCUUCAAGUAGUUUUUCCAAGUAGUUUAUUCAUCGAUACAAUUACAGAUGCAGAUCCUUUGCAUUUCGGACUUUACUUGCGAUGUGUGUAUAUAAACUUAUAAACUUUAGUAUAAAUAUUAUGUAAAUAAUUCGAUUAUCUACUUUAUAGCUCGUAAACGUAAAUCAAUGGGGUUCCUAUAAUUCAAUAGCUUUCAAACGCUGUAUAGUCUUUUUUUUACAAAGAUGAAAUAAUAGCUAUUUUAUUAACGUUGAUCUGUUUUCGGGAAGGAAGGGUAUCGGGAGAUGCUGCGGGUCGCAGUUAGGAGGAAAACUCGUCGUAUGCGUUCUCGAUACCAGGCGACACAUAGCUGCAAAUUAUUAUGACAGCGAUUGAACUAUUUAUGAAUAAACAUAUUGAAUAUAGUUGAAUCAAUUUGACUUGGGAUACCGUAACACCGUUCAAAGGAUAACUUUUUUUUUUUUAAGGAGUUCGAACGGACGAUAUCGAAAGACAUCUUUUUGAUCUCAUUAAAAAAAUAUCAUCUUUAAUGUCCUGGUUCGACACCUUCAAAAUUAUUUCGUCAUAGUUAUAAAGAGAAGUAACUAUGCAAAUAUAUACACGUAAGAGUAACACGACUGUGUGUAGAUAGCGGAAAACGAACACCAUUUACAACCACAAUUGCUAUAGUCUUAACACUUAUUCUCGGUGAUGGUGAUCAUUUUUUUCUCUGUGUUUUUAUAGAACAUUCACUUUAAGCCAAGUGCUAACGAUUGUCCGUGUCUGCGCUAGACACGGACUAGCAGCCAAUGACUUCUCCGCGCUGUUGCAUCUGCUCUGAAGAGCCGAUUACGAUAUUUUCAUGUAAGGCAGGUCUGCAGCAUAGUCGGAAUAAUAUUCAAGUGCGUACAUAUUACCACUGUGUUCUAAUUGUAAGAGAACGAGAGACUUGUAAAAAAAGAAGAACAAUGAUUUUCUUUAAUUGUUA